CUUUUCCUUCUCUUCUUUUCUUUUUCUUUUUUUCCCUCUUGUCCUCUCUUCCUCUUUUCUUCCCGUUUCUUGUAUCGAGUUUCUGACGCAUUCUUUAUCUAUCCUAUGGCCUCAUAAUCGCCAUUGUCUUCCUUUUCCUUCGAAUCCCUUCAUUUUUGGCUUAGAAUCCGGGGACUCUUUAAUAUCCUUUCAUUCCCCCUCUCUUUGCACGACCUACGUUCGUCACCGGUGUUUGACUUAAUUUUUCAUGUAACACGCCGCUUAACAGCUCCUCCCUUUAAUUACCACCGACAUCGCCGGAUUUCCUUCCCCCCUUUGAUCCCUCGGGAAUCUGCAUACAUACAUAUUAUUCAACUGGGUCGACAACUAAUGUUAUGAAAUGAGACUAUCCAUCCGUGUUGGUACGGCCGCACUCCUGAUCCUCGCCAUCUUCCUGAUCAAGCGCCAUCUCGACACCGUUCAGGAUGAUUCGCGCGUGCCGCUAUCGUCCUUCUGGCGCUUCGGAGGUAGUUCCGCGGGUUCCGACAGCGGCAAUCAGGGUGUCCCGGGAGACAAAGCAGUUAUGGAAUCGGAUGUGAUCUCCCCUCAGAAUUACGAGACCACCCCGAUCAUCGUCCCCAACGACCGAGCGCUUGUGAUGGCCAAGAUGUCUUGGGAGGAUACGUCAUGGGUCGCUAAUGAUUUAAAUGAAUGGCGGAAUGUGAUCUACACGGUUGAUGAUUUGAGCGCUACGCGGCAUACCCCGAUCAAUAAGGGACGCGAAAGCCUGGCGUACCUCCAGUACAUCAUCGAACAUUACCACGACCUCCCGUCGCUCAUCGUGUUCAUCCACAGCCACAAAGACGGCUGGCCGGCUUCUUGGCACACCGAUAACAUGGAGUACAGCAACGUCGUGGCAAUCCGCAACCUUCAAGCCGACUUUAUUCAGCAAAGUGGCUACGCCAAUCUCCGAUGCCAGGAAACACCUGGCUGCCCUGAAGAGCUCAGACCCUUACGGAACCCUCCGCGCCCCGGACAAACGACUGAGGCGGUCUACGCGCAGGCCUGGAAAGAGCUGUUCAACAACACCGAAGUUCCCGAAGUCAUUGGUGCACCGUGCUGCUCGCAAUUCGCGGUAUCACGCGACCAGGUCUUGAAGCGUUCUUUCGAAGAAUAUAUGCAGUAUUAUAAUUGGGUUUUGACCAAUGACUUGCCGGACGAUGUCACCUCGCGAGUGAUGGAGUAUUCGUGGCAUAUCAUUUUCGGGAAGGAUCCGGUGUACUGCCCCGAUUCACUGCAGUGUUAUGCGGAUGUCUAUGGAAAUCCGUACUUCUGGUAGUUUUUGUAUAUAAAAUACCCCUUUCUGGUUUCGUUGUUUGUAGCUCGUCACGAUAUAUGCCGCAAAUUUUGUCUUUAUCUGGAUGUCGACUGUAUAUGCUGAAAGCUUCUUGUUAAAAAUUAUUCACAUGGAGGCGUGUGCUGCAUCUUUUCGGCUGGAAUUUAUACUAACACGAUUGCAUGCUAAGCAUUUUUUGGAUGGAACUAGCAGCUUGGCGCUGGAUUUACGCAUAAAGUUGCUACUAGUAGUUCCCAAUUGAUCAGCGUCCUGCUUGAUAUGAAAUUGAUAUGUAUGAUUGCGUGA